AUUUUUGUUUAUUUUUUCCUUCUUCUUUUAGGUGAUUCCAAAGCAUAAGUUCGUGCUGGUGAAAUUCGAUACGCAAUAUCCUUACGGGGAGAAACAAGAUGAGUUUAAAAAGCUGGCAGAGAGCUCAGGCUCCAGUGAGGAUCUGCUGGUGGCUGAAGUGGGGAUAUCAGAUUAUGGUGAUAAACUGAACACUGAGCUAGGAGAAAAGUACAAGCUGGAUAAGGAAAAAUUCCCCAUCUUUUACUUGUUCCAAGAUGGUGACUUUGACAACCCCUUGCCUUACAGUGGGCACAUCAAGGCUGGGGCUAUUCAGCGCUGGCUGAAGAGCAAUGGGAUCUACCUGGGGAUGCCAGGCUGCCUCAAGGAGUACGACAUGCUGGCCAGCAAGUUUGUGAGCACCACUGAGAAAUCAGAACGCCAGUCCCUCCUGAAAAAGGGGCAAGAGAGUUUAGAAAAAACAAAAGAAACCGAGAAGAAGUCAGCUGAGCAAUACUUGAAAAUUAUGAGCAAGAUGCUGGAGCAAGGAGAAGAGUUUGCUGCUAACGAAGUCGUCCGAAUCACGAAACUGAUAGAGAAGAACAAGAUGAGUGAUGGGAAAAAAGAGGAGCUCCAGAAGAGCCUCAAUAUCCUUGCUUCUUUCCUGAAGAAGAAUAAUGAAAAAGACGAGCUCUAACACGUUGGAGAACUUUGUACAAGCUGUGAAACACUGUCAAGAGUCCUAACAAGUUCUCCUUAUGCAAGCAAACUUCCCGCUGACUUCAAGAGAGCAGCAGAUUUCCUUCUGAUAUUCUCAUUUUGGAAGAUCAAGAGGAAGACAUUCCUUCAAAACACAGCAUUCUAAAUGUUGGAAAAAUUGCCAUAAAGCAAGACACCAGUAUUGUGUAAUACUAUUCAAUAACAGUAUUAAAGCAGGGGGGGAAAAAAAAGUACU